GUGAUGUGCUGGCGCUUUCAAAAAAAAAUUUAGUCUCGCCAAGUUAUAGUUUUAUUUAGUGGAAAAAUGGCUAACAUAAACAAUUUACUCAACAUAAACGUUGACAAACUGUUCGAGCAGUACACUGUUUCAGAAAUUGACCAUGUUCACAAACGGCUUCAAGCGGAAGUUGAACUAAAGCGAGAGGAACUCCGUACUAUGGUUGGGGAGCGUUAUCGCGAUCUUCUGAAGGCAGCGGAUACGAUCGGUGAUAUGAACACGACGGCCAAUUCCAUAAUUGGCAAUAUAGAUAAUGUAACUGCAAGCUGCCGUCAAUUACACGACCAUCAGCUCAUCGGAUUUCGCUCAACUGGAGCACUGAAAAAGAACACCAACAACAAAUUCCACGGGAUAGUGGUACAAAUCAAACUGCUAACUAGCCUACCGGAAAUGAUUUGGAGUGCAAUCGAUAGUGAAGAAUAUUUCGUAGCGACACAAUUGUUCAUCUUUUCAAGGCACAUCUCUACAGGACUUCAGCUGGAUUCGAACAGUGAGCUGAUGGCUAAGUUUCCGGUCGCCAAAAAGCAGUGGGCGGUUUUGAGUCAAUUCUUUUUUACUAUUAAACAAAAUUGCAGCAAUUGCCUGGAGCGUGAGGACCUAGACCCAGAGGUUGCCUCCAAAUGCCUUGCCAGCUUGUUGCUACUUGAAAACUGUCAACAGGGACAGAUUCUAUCAGCUUUUGUUCAAAUGCGCUUAAAGGCGUUUUCCGCUGUUCUUUCCGAUAAUUCGAAACACGAAAAAGUAAAAGAUAAAAUAGUAGCUAGUUUAAAACUGCUGAUGAACACUGUUGACUUAAUUUACAAGUGUUUCAUUGGAACGCAUAAAGAACCUGGUCUGCUGGUGUUCGAACUCAUGACGGUGACGUCCGAGGAUUCCAAUCCCACGAUCGCAUUAAUUAAGUCGGAGGAUCAAAAAAUAAUUCAAACAUUACCGGAUAUAAUCCGCAAAUUCCGACCUAGAUUACAACUUGAAGCUUUGAACUCUGAAGUCGUCCGAAAUAGUUCUAAGCAUUGGCUGGAAAGCGUGGAAAAAAUUGCUACCCAUCAACUGGCUUCGUUCAUGAAUCUGGUACCAUCAAUUAAAAUGCUGCAUGAUGUCCGAAAGCUUUGUUUAGCUGCUGCCAAAAAACCAGAACUUUGGGAAGAAACCUGCCGGCAAUUAUCGUUGGACGAAGGCUUGGACUUUUACAAGAUGUUCUAUCAACCAUUGAUCGAUAACCGAGUGAAAACAAUCAUCAAGGCUUGUUGGUCAGAAAUAGUUCAGAAUAAUAGCGUUGAUAUUCUUAACUUGCUUAAAAUAGCAUCUAUUGAUAAAACGCUCAAAGACGUUAAAUCAUUCGUUUGGACCGAAUCAGCGGAUGACAAUCCACCCAACCUAAAAGAUGCGCUGGAUAGCACUAACUUAGCACGGCAUCAUCUAUUGAUGAAGACACGAGCUUUUCCUCCACCUCUAGUGAGACUGGCUUCUCUGCUCGAUCAACGCAUUCAAGUACUAUCUAAAGAUGUGUGUUCCUUCCUGGCAAGCUCCGACUCAAAAGAAGUAGAACCGCUUCUUGCGUUUUACAGCGAAUGCAGUGCUGAAAAUAUGUCCCAGUUGAUUACAUCCAUUAAAUCAGCCGAUUACAAGCAAACUUCGGAGAAUCACAUUCUAAUUGCAAGACUGCUGGUGGCGUUGAAAGAGCUUUGCCCUUCGCUUAAGCAAUGCCUAACACCAGCCCUUAUGACGAACCAUUCCCAUAGUGGUCCCUGGCAGGAAGAUGAUUAUCAAUACGGCAGCGGAACAGCGGCUGAGCUUCGAACGGACAGGUGGGCUAAAAUCGCCGGUUUGCUAGACGAUGAAUGUUUGAGGUUUUGGAAACUGUGGUCGGAAAAUUUUGAAGGUAGAUGGCCGCAGCUUAAUAGUCAUGUUGGUUAUCAGACUCUGCUGGUUGAUUUUCCUCUCUGGAAUACCGUAUCUAUUGAAGAGAAUGAUGAGCAUAAUCAACCGGUUCAAUCAACUAUCCGAAUCCCAGCGUUUCCUACGUUUUCACUGCAGCGCUUCCUGCACGUUAUUUCCACACAGCUUAGUCACUUUAUUCCACAUACGAUUCCAAAGGCAAUCAUUGCUCAUAUCGUGGAACGAAUACUUCAAUGUUUAGAUGAACGUUACUCCAGCCUUUCGACGGACGAGUUUGUUAAGACCACACAAAACUCCGCCCUGCAGUACUAUUUCGAUUUGAAAUUCAUUCAGGCUUUAUUCACCGGAGGUCACGAACCGAACCGGCAGUUUACUGAGAGAUGCAACCUGCUGCUCGAAGCGUUUAGAAACUGCAUAGAUCCUUUCGAUUUUGACGUAUUUCAUCCUCAUCUGAAUGCCAACGUGAAGCAUGCCGUUCAGCGGAUGCAACAUUUUUACGGUGUUCUCAACGCAGGAGAUCAAUUCAGCACCGCUGCUGUGGUUGGCUCGGGUGAAGCGGUUUCGGGCAAAACAAGUCAGGACAAAAAUCCCAACAUUUUAGCGGUUAGCUCGAAUAGUGCCAGUGAAACCUGGUUUCCAUUACUACCGAUCGUUACGAAGGAAUCGUCUGCAGUAGGGGAAACUGCUGCGGACAGCGAGAUUGGUGGUGCUAAAACUGAGAAGGUUACUAAACAAUCCCUGAAAGAGAUCAACUUAGCGAGCAAACCUAAAGAAACGCUGCCUUCAUCGUCCGUAACGGCGCAAAACUACGCCAAGGGAGCUGCGGCCUUCUUUGGCCUUGAUAAAGAUUGGUUUAAAUGAAUCGAACAGCCGUUCGAUACAGUGGUAAGCAAUGCACUUUAUAACCGACAGCUGGGUUUUAAAUAUAGCUUUUGCGUCUUUUUUAUUAUUGGGCACUACAAUAAUUACAGUAUGUACAUCUUAAAUACAAUUACACAAUAUAAUUUAAACGUGGUCGAGUAUAUGUGACAAAAAACAUUCACAGAAGUAAAAUAAUUUAACUUAAUCUC